UAUAACUUGGAGUACAUCCGUGUUCAUAAUGCUAGUGCUGAGAAAGAGAACUGUUGUUCUCUUAGGAUUUAUAUUUGUUGUUAGUUCUGUGACAGUCUUAAGGCUGACAGGUUUGCAUACGGGUGGUUAUCAAACGGAGCAAAUGUUUGCACAAAAGACACAAAGCGUUUCCGAAAUCAUUUUACCUGUUAUUUUACAAACAACAUAUUCUGCUGUUGCUGAAGAUCUUCGGGCACCCGCUGAUGCGAGAAACCCACUUAUUCCACACAUUAUACACCAGACGUUUGAGACGGUAAUGAUUCCUUCUGAAUUGGAGAGUUACAUUCGCACAGUUGUCAACAUGAACGCCAACUGGACAUACUAUUUUUGGACAGAUGUCUCAGCUAGAAAUCUAGUAAAAGAGAGACACCCAAAUUUACUUGAUAUUUGGGAUAAAUACAAAAGAAACAUAAUGCGAGCUGACGCGUUACGCUACGUUGUGUUGUAUGAAUUCGGAGGUGCGUAUUUGGACCUUGACGUUGAGGCAUAUCGCUCGUUUAACCGGAUAACAUACAAAUACGGAUGUAUUAUCCCACCAGAGCCAAUAGAGCACAGUGCAUUGUUGUACAACAUGACUUUGCUGUUGAACAAUGCAAUCAUGUUUUGUCGAGCAAAACAUCCAAUAAUGAAGGCACUAAUGAAUGGACUAGAAGGUUCAAUGAACCAUAAAAAUAUUUUGUUUGCAACAGGUCCGAUAUUUUUGACUAACAUGUUUAAUUCCUAUGUGAACGAACGUAUAUUGAACAAAUCUGUCAUCAUUAACAAUGACAGCAGCGGUACUACUGUUUUCCAUGUAUCAGGAGAAGCCUAUAUUGUCGACAUUUACAUCCCAAAUGUUGCAUUCUUUAAUGAUGAGAUUGACUAUACUUUGCAGAAUAAAGGUUUUCAACAAACCUGUAAAAAUGUCUCCGAUUCCUCUAAUCUUGUGAGACAAGCUUGUGGCCACUUUCUAAACAGGGAGAUGAAAAGACAAAUGAACUUUCUGGCAUUUACAGGACAUAAAUGGAUUCAUCUCUGGCUCCGAAGUAAAGCGGAUAAUCAGAAGACAUCAAAGAAGAAUAUUUCUGAAAUACUCGCAGAAAAAACCAUUACGAUAUUUUAAACCCUGUACAUCUAAUGCAAACGGUAGAAGGAUAUUAGACACGUUGUAUUGUAAAAAUAAGAAUAACAAAUGAAUUGUAA